CCUCUCUCUUGAUAUCAUGGCCACUCUAGCAGCAUUUCUCAUGCUUAUAUUUCUAUUUCCUGAAGCUGCUACAGCUCAGCCAGAAGAUAAUUCAAUAAAUUUAGGUGAUUCCCUUAAUCCCACUUCUAAACCUGCAUGGUACUCUCCUUCUCGUAGAUUUGCAUUCGGAUUUUUCCCAGAGGGAAUGGGUUUCAAGGUAGGAAUUUGGCUGGUGAACAGUCCCAACAACACUGUUGUGUGGUGUGCCAAUCGAGACGAUCCAGGAGUAUCUUCUGAUGCCACUCUGGAAUUUGUUGGUGGCAAAGUUCUGUUAAAAACAGGACAAUCACAGGAGAAAAUCAUUGAUCAAGAGUCUGCUUAUUCUGCCUCCAUGCUUGACUCUGGAAACUUUGUGCUUUACAAUGAAUAUUCUUACAGAAUCUGGGAGAGUUUCAGUGCACCAACUGAUACAAUAUUAGGUGGGCAGAAUCUCUCUGCAGGGGGGAAACUGAUUCCUGGUAUCUCUUCCACCAAUCACUCUUCUGGACGUUUUCACCUUGACAUGCAGAAUGAUGGGAAUCUUGUGGCAUAUCCUAAGAACCUAGGCUAUGCAGUAGAUGCAUACUGGGCUUCUCAUACUUGCUGCAAUGGUAAGAAUAAUGGUAUGAAUGAUCUCGUUCUUGAAACCAAUGGCAGCAUGCUACUCGUUGAUUAUUCCUUUGGUUCUUUAACUAGAGAAUUAUGCAUUCCCUCUGUGCCAAACAAUGAUACUAUAUACCGAGCAACAUUUGAUUAUGAUGGGAACUUUCGACUAUAUUCUCACAGCUUUAAUUCUGAUGGGAAUUCAAACAUGAAAAUAGAGUGGCAAGCAAUGGAUAAUAUGUGUGAUGUAAAGGGGUUUUGUGGCCUUAAUAGCUACUGUGGUAUGAGGGAUAAUGCAUCCUAUUGCAUUUGUCUACCCGGAGCAACUAUCAGAGAUAAAGACCAACCCUUUGGUGAUUGUGAAAGGGAUUUCACACGCGGGAACUGUAUAGGAGGGAAAGAAGAUGCCAGUGUUUUCAAAUUAACUGCUGCUACAAAUUUGACUUGGGAUGAUCCUCCCUACUUUGUGUCAUCAUAUCUUGGAAAAGAAGAUUGUAGCAAAUCUUGCUCAGAAGACUGUGAUUGUGAUGCAGCUCUGUAUGAGGGAUCCGGCCGUUGUACAAAGCAUAAGCUGCCACUGAGGUAUGUCAAAAGUGACACAGAAGGUUCAAAAACUGCUUUCUUCAAAGUGAGCAAUGCAAUAACAAGAAGAAGCAUUGAGAAGGAUCAUGUGAAACUGCCUUGGUUGCUAAUCCUGCUUACAAGUCUGGGUUCUGUUGCAUAUUAUGGUGUUGCUAUUGCAUUUUCAACCUUUUUCAUCUUCAAGUUUCGCAUUUUGCAGUACAGAAAGCUAUUGCAGACAGGAAAUAAAGGUUUAACCAGAGAAUUCAUCCUUCGAACAUGUACUUACAGAGAGCUAAAAAGGGCAACAAAUGGCUUCAAGGAGGAGUUGGGAAAGGGCUCUUUUGGAGCAGUGUACAAAGGAAGCUUUGAUAAAGGUAAAACACUUGUGGCAGUGAAGAGACUGGAAAAGGUGGUAGAGGAAGGAGAAAGGGAAUUCCGUGCUGAAAUGAGGGCUAUUGGCAGAACUCGUCACAAGAAUCUCGUGCGUCUGCUUGGAUACUGUGCUGAGGGAUCUAAAAGGCUUCUGGUAUAUGAAUACAUGAGCAAUGGUUGCCUGGCAAAUCUUCUUUUCAAAGCAAAACAACGCCUUGAUUGGACUGAAAGAUUGAGAAUUGCACUGAAUGUGGCCAAAGGGAUUCACUAUCUACACGAAGAAUGUGAAGCUCCCAUUAUUCACUGUGAUAUAAAGCCACAGAACAUCUUGCUAGACAAUUCCUGGACAGCCAAGAUCUCUGAUUUUGGGCUGGCAAAACUUCUGAUGCCAGACCAAACAAGAACCUUCACUGGUGUGAGAGGGACUAGAGGAUAUUUAGCUCCAGAAUGGCAAACGAAUGCCCCCAUUUCUGUGAAAGUUGACAUCUACAGCUAUGGGAUUGUCCUGCUAGAAAUCAUAUGCUGCAGAAGAAACAUAGAAGUUGAUGUAUCAGAACUAGAAGAGAUUCAGCUGUGUGUAUGGGCUUACAAAUGCCUCGUCAAAAUGGAGUUGGAUAAACUUGUUAAGGGUGAAGAAGUAGACAAGAAUGCCUUGCAAAGAAUGGUUGCAGUAGCCAUCUGGUGCAUCCAAGAUGAGCCUGCUCUUCGCCCUUCCAUGAAGCGGGUCUUACAGAUGUUGGAGGGGCUGAAAGAAGUCCCAAUUCCUCCAUGUCCAUCAGCUUGCAACUCCUAAAUACAAAGUAUUGUUUCCAUUUGUCCUUUUUGUCAAGAAUUUUCCUUGUAGCACUAUGUUGUAUGUGAGGUUUAAGGACAUUACUUUUUAAUGCCAAUAAGAUAUGGAGUCUGUCUGUCUGUCUGUGUGCGAGAUUAAUGUACACGUUUUAACUAUCUAUUUUUAACUAUUUCGUAUUAAAUGUUUGAGCAGUUAGGUA